AAUUAUUAAUUAUUUUGAAAUUAAUUUUCAACGCAUUAUUUAUUCGGCAACAAAAUAUCCAUCUAAAUGCCACAACCGUUCGUUAAAAGUGAAAUACAUAAAGAGCGAUAAAUUGCAAAUCAAUAAAUUAACGCGUACUCGUAACCCACGUCUCGCACUCGCAUCCCUCUUCUCUAAAAGAUAUUUAAUAAAGUAAACAAAUUAAGUGGAAGUUUAUUAUAAUUAGCAAGGAAAAUUACGUGCAAUAUUUUAAGCAAAACGCAUUUGUGUGCCUCCAUCUCCUCUGAAAGUGUAGGUGUAGUGGUGUUAAAAAGUAGUCGCCGCACACACAAUACAUGCAGAUAAAUAAGCAAGAAGCGUACAUAAGCGCAUAAGUGUGUGUAUGUGUGUGAGUGUGUAUGUGCAUGCGUGCAAGUGUAUGCGGUAUAUAUGUUCGUAUAUACAUAAGUAAAUAAGAAAGAAAAAUUAGCGCAAAGGCAAGCAAGCGCGCAGGCAAAUCAGCAACAACAAGAAAGUGAAAAUUAUUGUUGCUUUAAACAAAUAUUGUGCAUAUUGUGUCCAAGAGGUCGCACCGCAAGCAGAUUAACGGAUUUUCUUCUACUCUUAUUUCUUUUCUCUCUGCGCGGUAACAACAAAGAUUGCAAACACGACGACGCGACGCGCAAAAAUGGCCAAAAUGGAAGUCGACGAUGUCGUCGACUUGAGUUUGAGUUCGGGACGGGAUCCGGCGUUAACCAUAACGCCGGCUCUUAGUAAUCGCGAUUUGAGGGCGCUGACUGCAAACAAUACCGGUCUGACCAUAACGCCAGCUCCGGCGCCAGCCACAUCCUCAACCAACAACAACAGUAACAGCAACAACAAUAGCAGCAGCAACAAUAACAACAACAACAAUAGCAACAACACCAUCAACAACACAAAUAGCAAUAGUAGUAGCAGCAACAACAAUAACAAUAAUAAUAACAACAACAACAACAAUAGUAAUAGCAAUGCCAACACAACAUCCUCCAUAGGCAGUGGUGGAGUUGGCUCAGAAGCCACCGCGACAGCCACCAGCACGCAGGAUGAAAACAAAGUACAACGGCGUGUCCUUCGGCCACGCACUGAACCCAAAUCCUAUGCGGAGGCUCCAGACAUAGUCCUGCUGCCAGCGCGCACCAAUGGACGGCAACAGAAUGGCAACAUAGAUUCCGAAACGGACGACGAGGAAAUGCCGCCCUAUGUGCCCAUCAAGGAGCUCUCCCACUCCGAGCUCAAGGAGCGUGAGAAGAGUUUGCGCAAGCUGCGUCAGGACUUGCGCAACGAGGAGACAAAAUUGAUGCUGCUCAAGAAACUAAAGCAAUCGCAGCAGGUGAUGAAGGAGAAUCUAGUGGUUACCCCCACCAGCGUAUCGCCAAAUAAUCCCCUCGCAGCUAUACCAGCGGCCCUCACCUCCAAGGGCUCGCUGAGUGUGACGCCCACCUCAGCGGUUCCAUUGCCGGCGCACAGUAAAGGACGAAAUAGUGCAGGCAGCACAGCCGCCGUCAGUAUAAGCGCCACCAACAGUCGCACUGGCAACACCAGCUCUCCGGGCGUUACGGCGGCUGCGGUUGCGGCAGCCGCUGCUGCAUUGUCCAGCGUACAGCGAGGCAGUAAUAGCAGCCAGAAUAACUCCAUACUCCCGCCACCUCGUUCUUCGUUGCCGCCAGGCGCCACUCUGGCAGCCGGGACUACCAUAACGCCCACAACAUCCGCCUCGCAUAGAUCGAGCGCGUUACCGCCGCGCACCAAUUUGCCGAAUCUCACGAUCACACCAUCGGUGACCAUAACGCCAACAUCGGCACCGCCAUCGAGCUUGAAAGCACGCAAUCCUAAUAUUUCGGAUAAUUCGAAGGUACCUGGGACCAUAAGCAAUUCUGUUUCCAUUACGCCGGCGCCACCGCUCUCGCAAUCGCAUCAGAAUCAGCUCAAUGAACUAAAGAAUGAACGUUCGACGCCACGUGAGGAGGCUCAAACCCCGGCUCAACGUCAGGCGGCUGCCAAAAUGGCGUUGCGCAAGCAACUGGAAAAGACUUUGUUACAGAUACCGCCCCCGAAACCACCACCACCAGAGAUGCACUUCAUACCCAAUCCAAGCAACACGGAUUUCGUUUAUUUGCUAGGCCUGGAGACUGUUGUGGAUUAUUUGACUGUCAAUAAGAAGGCUAAUGCUGUGGCGGCUCCCUUCCGUUGUGCCCAAUGCAAAAUUGAUUUUACGCCCGUCUGGAAAUGGGAAAAGCAAAACAACAAGGAUCCCAAGGUUAUAUGCGAGCAGUGCGUCACCUCUAAUGUUAAGAAAGCGCUCAAGGCAGAGCAUACCAAUCGACUGAAACAGGCCUUUGUGAAGGCGUUGCAGCAGGAGCAGGAGAUCGAACAACGUCUGGCCAGCCAGAGCAGUCCCUCGCCCGUAGAGUCGCAUGCCUCAACUAAUGCGAGUGUGGCGCUAUCGGCCGCAGUAGCAUCAGCUUCCAACUCGUCGCAGCACCAGCAGGCAAUGGCUAGGGAACGGGAACGAGAACGCGAACUCUCAGCCGCUGCCCAGCAACUCCAGGCAACCCAUGCCUCGGCAGCAGCAGCUCUCGUGAACUUGCCACCUUCAGUUACCGUCAUACCGACCAAGUGUCAAACGCCCACGCCAGCUCCACGACCCACACCACCGCCACAAAGUCAACCGACACCACCGCCCUCGAGCACGCCCCGCUCCUCGCGUGCUGCUGCCACAGCAGCGGCAGCUGCCAUUGCCGCCCAGCAGGCAGGCAUUCUCAGUCCGGGACCAACGUCGCACCAUCACGAGCAAGCAACCUCGUCACGUUCGUCGCGUGCCGAACGAGAUCAUCACCAUCAUCACCAGCAACAACAACAGCAGCAGCAACAACAACAGCAACAACAGCAGCAGCAACAACAGCAGCGGGAGCGGGAACAGCAAAGAGAGCAACAACAGCAGGCGGCACAAAGCUACGACAAAUACUCGGCAGCUACUCUGGCGGCGGCGGCACAUCUCAGCGCGCUGGGCAACAUGGGUGGCCUGAAUAUGAACAAUCUGGCCAGUCUGGGCAACUUAAGUAAUUUGGGAAAUCUCAGUCAGCUUGGAAAUUUGGCGGCGCUCGGUGGUUUGGGAAACUUUGGUGGCGCCACAGCCGCUUCGAGUAAUUCAGCGGCUGCCUCGUCAGCAGCCACAGCAGCCGCCAUGCAGGCAUUCCAGCAGCAACUAUUCAGAGCUCUGGGCCAAGGUCUGGGUGGCAAUCCGCAGCAUAUGAUGCAGUUCGCACCACUCCUUUACUCCUAUCAAGUGGCUAUGGCACAGGCAGCUCAAGUGGCUGCUUUCAAUAACAACAACAAGAAGGGCAGCUCUUCGUCGAGCGCAUCGAAGAAUGCGAGCAAUGCGAAUAGUUUGGCGGACAUACAGAGGGCCGCGGAGCUGCAGCGUCAAUACUUGCUAGAGAUGAUUCCGCCACAGCAGCCGAGUGGCUCGGGUGGUAGCCGUCAGAACAAUUGGAAGGCCUAAAAGGGCACACCAACAAAUCAAAAUGG